UGGACGAACUCUUUCACAAGGACCUCUACUGUUACUAAAUUCUGUAGUAGGUAUACCAUUUUAGCAAGUAAUUGGAAGUAAAUUAUCGUAAUCAAUCCGUGAUACGUCCACUGCUGGACAUGGCUCUCUUCCUAAGAGAGUUUCGGCUUCACGCGUUUUCUAAGGGUUUCCCUCCACUGUUAGCGAAAGUUCUGCGAAUAAAUUACCACAAAUGUACGUAAUUUAGACAUUAAUGUCAUAGUCACAGGCCGUUCUCCGAGUAGGAUCACUGCUUUGAAUAGACUCUAGGUAGCGUAGCAAAUACUUCGCCUUAAAACUUAUUUUUAUGUUUCACCGUUAUAUGAUAAUAUAUGUCUACACGGCGUCGCGAUGCGUUCAGUUUAGUUGGUUGUGCGAUUUGAAUUCUAUUAUACGUCGACACGUGCUAAUUUGGAUUAGAACAUUAAAACUCGAUGAAACACAAGUGAUGUUUAAAUACGACAAUACACAAGUACAUUGAGGAUAAUUUGAGGUUUCCACAGCUUCAAGUAGAAGUAUUAACAUGUCAAAACCAGAAUAUACCAUCGAUGUGGUGAAAGAAGUCGACGUAAACGACGUCAUGGCUUUAUUGAGAAGAACAUUCUACAUUGACGAACCUUUAAAUGCAGCCAUAGGACUGUGCACCAACAACCCUUGUACGGAACUAGAGGAAUACUGCAAGAAGUCCAUUCUGGAAGGACUAUCUUUUAAGGCCAUGGACAAGGAAGGCAAUAUUGUAGGUGUUUGUAUUAGCGGAGUCGACCCAGUUAAAGAGCCAGACGACGGAACAGACCUGCGAAGUCAAGCAAUUAACUGUAAAAAUCCAAAGUUCCAGAAGAUUCUUUACAUUUUGGCAAUGAGAAAUGAAGGUGCUAAGUUAUGGGAGAAGUACCCCAAUGAACAGAAAUUAGUUGACAUUAAGGUAGCCGGUACAGACCAUAGUUGGAGAAGAAAAGGGAUUAUGAACAGGCUGGUCGAAGAAACAGAAAAAGCAACAAAAGCGCGCGGCAUCAAUAUCCUGAGAAUGGACACGUCGAGUUACUACUCGGCCAAGUCUGCGGAGCGCCAAGGAUUUACACAAGUGUACAGCGUGCCUUACACGGAGCUCAAAAUGGACGGAGUACCCAUAAUCGUACCGGAUCCCCCGCACGUCGAUGACCGUGUUUACGUUAAGAUUUUAAAUAAUAAUUAAAAUUAAUAAGGGUAAUAGUUUUAUUACGACGUAAUACUUAAUAUCAGGUGCGAUCGAGCCAAGUGUUCGUCUAUUUAAUAAUAAAAAAAUGCAUUCCUCGAUAGCCUUCUCGCAUUACAAAUUCAAAAGAAUUUGAAAAUGUUUUCCGUUCACUGUAGUCGUUUAUUUAUAUAGAGUCACCUUUUUUAACGCGUUUAAGGAGAGUAACAGCGUUUACUAAAAUACAUAUAUAUUUUUAUAUACAAAAUAAGUGUGCAUUUGACCUCCAUCUCACCUGACGGAAAGUAUCGAUGAGGUCGACGAUGUAGCAUGCACACCUCAAUAAUGCCUAUUCACUCUCGCCUUGAAAAGGUCCAAGUUAUAGGUUUCGGGGAAUAGGUCCACAGGCAAUCCGAAUAUCAGAAGUGAACGUUCACGGUGAAAAAAAUCUACGGGUUUUAGAGUGUGAUUUCCAAGUG